AGUAUAUCUCAAACAUUUGUUCUGCUGCACUUAAAAUGGCUGAGAUUAUGGUCAUUUUUGACUUUGACUCAACAAUCAUUGAGUGUGACAGUGAUAAUUGGGUGCUUGAUGACACUGCUUUAACUGAAAAAUUCUACCAGCUUCUUCCUACCAUCCCUUGGAACCCUCUCAUGGAUAGAAUGAUGAAAGAGCUUCAUUCACAAGGAAAAACCAUUGAAGACAUUGUUGAAAUUCUGAAGAGGACACCAAUGCAUCCUUGCAUUGUUCCUGCUAUUGAGGCAGCUUAUUCCCUUGGGUGUGAUCUGAAGAUUGUGAGUGAUGCAAAUAGUUUCUUUAUUGAGACAAUUCUGCAGCAUCAUGGAGUGUGGAACUGUUUCUCAGAGAUGAUUUGCAACCCCAGCCAUGUGAAGGAAGGGAGCCUCAACAUUUGUCCAUACCAUGAUUAUCUAAAAUCUUGCCAUGGAUGCAAUCUUUGUCCUCCAAACAUGUGCAAGGGAUUGGUGAUAGAAAGGAUCCAAAAUUCCAUGGCAGAAGCAGGAAAGAAGAAAGUGAUCUAUAUUGGAGAUGGAAAUGGAGAUUUUUGCCCAAGUCUGAAGCUAAAAGAAAGUGACUUUUUGAUGCCAAGAACAGGUUUUCCACUGUGUGAUUUAGUUUCCAAAAAUUCCAAUCAGAUAAAAGCAGAAGUGCAUGGCUGGAGAGAUGGGAAAGAGCUUCAACAUGUUCUACUCAAUCUCAUCAACAAAGCUAUUGAAGAAGGAAACAACACCAUUAACAAUAAUACUCUUCAAACAAUCUCACUUGAUUGCAAGUUGCUGCAACCUCCAAUUCCAAUUGACACUCAUCAACCUCUGCCAAAAGCUCUCUCAGUUCCUCAGUAACUGAUCACAGCUAAAAUAUGCACCAAUGAUACUAUGAAGUUGGAUUCUCUACUGUGUUUUUUCUGUACCGGUCCUCUGUUGUGUUUUUAAAAUACAUUGAUGGACACUUAUUUCAAUGUUUUAAAAUAUAUUAAAAAGUUUUUUAAAGUAUCAACAUCAGUGUGUUCUAAAGACACAACAGAGGACAGCACCAGAAAAACUAGUAGAAAAUCUAGACUCACAUAAUAUCUAUGAAAAUUAGUGUGUCUCAGACCACUUAGUUGUUACUGAAGUGUUAAUUUGUUAGUAGAGGUGUCAUGGUGUUUUAGAAUUCAAGCUCUGAAAAAAAAUAAUAAAAAUGAGAGCCUAUAAACCAUUAUAGGGUGUUGUCGAGUUCUGCAUUAUUUUCAGUAAUGUUGUUGCAUUCUGAGGCAAUGUAUGAGAUGGUGUUUUGGUCCUUGACCAUGAUAAACUAUAUUUUAUUGAAUAAAAGUAUAAAGGGCAAAAGUAGUUAUUGUGGUGCA